GUAUUCAAGUGUUGACAAAACUAGUGGUCCCUUAUCUGGAGAUAACUAAAGGCAAUAUCAUUAACGUCUCGAGUUUUGAGGGACUCAGACCUAAUCCGGUGACAAUGGUUUAUUGUAUGGCGAAAAGUGCCCUGGACAUGUUCACUAAAUGCCUGGCACUAUCAUUGGGUCCAAAAGGCAUUCGCGUGAAUAGUGUUAACCCGGCCGCCAUUCGGACGCCAAUAUUCCAAACGGUGACCGAAAACGACGAAAUGCUUGAUUGUGUGGAGAAGUAUUGCAAAACCGCUUAUCCCUUAAGACGUAUCGGAGAACCGGAAGAAGUGGCAGAAUUGGUCGCAUUCUUGGCCUCAGACACCACCGCGUCGUUCAUUACCGGAGCACUCAUUCCGAUAGACGGCGGGAGUCUUCGGGCAGAUCUUUCGGCCAUUGACUAUAUAAACCUUUAA